AUGGCGCUGACUAAUUGCGGUCGCCUCUGUGUAACCCAUAACCGUCGACGUCUUCGUCAAAGGCAAGUGAAACUCAUACGAGCCAUUCACCGUAUCAGGGAGAGCCGUUACCGAGUGAGACACGAGGCUAAGCUUCAUUAUUUCAUCAAGCAACUUCGGGUAAUUCGGCGAGUGCUCCGAGCUCUUCAUUUCGCCCUUCAUCAGUCAGAGGCACUCGCUGAAGAUUCUGUGAACAGCCUUCUGCACACUUACGUAUUUGAGGACUAUAUCAGAGAAUAG